UUGAAUCUUCUUCUGGCCCACAAGUACAGGCCCGAAACCAAGCAGGAGAAGAAGCAGCGGCUGCUGGCCCGGGCCGAGAAAAAAGCUGCCGGCAAAGGGGAUGUGCCCACCAAGAGGUCUCCUGUCCUGCGAGAAGGGGUGAACACGGUCACCACGCUGGUGGAGAACAAGAAGGCCCAGCUGGUGGUGAUAGCGCACGACGUGGACCCCAUCGAGCUGGUGGUCUUCCUGCCCGCCCUGUGCCGGAAGAUGGGGGUCCCCUACUGCAUCAUCAAGGGGACGGCCAGGCUGGGCCGCCUCGUCCACAGGAAGACCUGCACCACUGUUGCCUUCACACAGGUUAACUCGGAAGACAAGGGAGCUCUGGCUAAGCUGGUGGAAGCCAUCCGGACCAACUACAACGACAGAUAUGAUGAGAUCCGCCGCCACUGAGGAGGCAACGUGCUGGGUCCAAAGUUGGUGGCUCGCAUCGCCAAGCUGGAGAAGGCCAAGGCUAAGGAGCUGGCCACUAAGCUGGGCUAA